AUGUCUCAAUCACUAGAGAAUGAGGCUGCUAGUGAUGUGCUCAUAAAGGACGAGGAACAAUCAACAUUACCAACUUUCACUCUUUCCAUCGUCUCUCCUUCAACAGAGGUCGCAAGCCCAUUGACUUUUCCCCAAUUGUUACCGAGCACCACAGUACAAGAAUUGAAGGCAAAGAUUAGAGAUGUUGUGCAAUCAAAGCCGACCGACUCAGCCCAACGGCUGAUUCAUCGUGGUCGAAUGCUGGAGAGGGGAUCACAGACAAUGUUAGAAAUCUUUGGUCAAGAGAGCCUAUCAAGUCUGGAUACUCAAACUCUUCACCUCGUUCUCCGGCCUGCCCCUCUAGAAGCAACUUCGACGGGAAGCGCAGAUCCCACAACACAAAAUAACCCCUCGAAUAUACCCAUUCCUCGCAGUAGGACCCCUCCACCUCCGCUGCGUGCGCUGGGCGCGCAGCAACUCCGUGAUUUCCACCAUGUUGCACAUACAUAUCAGACGAGGACGGAAAGGUUGCAGCAAUUACAAAGGGACACAGAGCGCUUGCAGCAGGAACUUGAAGCAGGCACUCGGGCUUAUCAAUCGCAUGUUGGACGUCGCAUUAAUUUAGGAAAUAAUAUGCCGGCACCGCCCGCUGUCCCUCAAAAUCCGUAUGGACCUCCGGCCGCAAAUCAUACCUCAAUUCAACAACUCAUUGCGCAGCAUCAACAACAAAGGCGAGCUUUAGCAGGACUUACGGCACAGGACUUGGGCGGAGAAGGAAACAUGUUUACGGCUCUAGACGAAGUGAACUCUGGUAGAUCCACACCCCAAUUUAGGACACCCGAACAUAGCGCUACUUAUACUCGGGAAGGUGUCGGCCCAAAUGGAGAGAGAUGGCAAGUGACGGUAAACGAGACUACAACCACAAUCCCCGCAGGAACAUUUCGAUCCGGUGAGAGGCAUAACCCAUUUCGACCACCCGAGAGACAUAGCUAUGGACAACACCCUUCACCUUCAGGGGCGAACUCGGGAAACCCUGCGUUAGAUUUACAGAACAUGUUGCGAAACGUAGAUAGGUCAAGGGCUUCAUCAACUCCUCCAUCGGCGCAACCCGAAACUCAAACUCCUCCAUCAUCUACCACUGCACCUGCGACCACAUCUGCUCCUAGCACACCUUUGACCACUGCGUCUCCCAACCCAUUAGCGAGAGUGUCUGUACCAAACUUGACUGCAACCACCCCAGCAACUUCCACCGGAAUCACAUCUUCCCCAUCUUUGGAGCCCAUGGUCUAUAUACUCAGCUCUCCCUCAGGGCCUCGCGCACUUUUAAUAAACAAUGCCGAGACUUUCUAUACACCACGUCCUUCAAGAGCUCGUCAUGGUGUUGGUGACCGUGAUCUAUUUGGCUUCCCCGAGUAUCGCAAUAGAAAUGCACAAAGGGCUAGGAUGGGGCGUGUAAACCGACCACGAGCAGAUGAAGCACCCCCUGUUGAAUUUGCACCUCUUCACAAUCGGAUUCAAAGACCAGCUGUGCCUAUCGCGCUCCAGUUGUUCAAUAUGCUUUGGUUGGUCGUUAGACUAGUGGGAUUCGUGUGGUUCUUCACUUCUGGAAAUAGUAGUUGGUCAAGAUUCCUGAUGAUGAGUGGACUUGCAAUAGUUGUCUUCCUUAUCAACACAGGAGUUCUUAUUGGUGUUUUCAACGGGGUUGCGGAGCAAUUCUGGGGCCCAAUCAGAAGACACCUAGAAAACUUGAUUCCACUGGCUGGACCUGAUGCGGCCCUUGUACCUGCAGCAAACGCUGGAGUUGUGCCUCAGAACGGAGCGGUGGGAGCGGGUCCCCAGGCUCGAUUACCACAUGGCCAACUUGAUGAGUCUCAAGUUGCGGCAAGAAUACUCGAGCAACAGCGACAUAGACAAGCACAACCAGGCUGGCUCCUCGCCCAGAUCCGGAGGGCAGAACAUGCUGCGCUUCUCUUUGUGGCGAGUCUCAUUCCUGGUGUUGGAGAAAGACAUAUUGCUGCUCGGGAUAAUGCGGCAAGAGAAGUUGAGGCGGCGGUGGCCGAGGCAGAAAGGCGUCGCGCUGAAGCAGAGAAUGCGGGAAGUGAUGUUGUAGAACGUGAAGAGGGCGCCAAUGAAGGAAAUCAUGACGAACAGCAGCCUGAAGGAGCCGUUGGAGAAGGAGACAUAAGCGGUGAGAAUCCUAGGCCAAAUGCUGAGGUAGAGCGCGAAGCACCUCCUGCACAACCUCUGCUUGUUUGA